CGACCACCACGCAGGGCCGUGUGUUCAAACAGCGUUUUCCUCGCCGUGAGGAGAAUCAGGCUCGCACACACUUGGGACACGCAGCGCGAGCGCCGCAGUCGUUGCGUCACAGCAGAGAAGUAACGGGACGGCCUGUUUGACUGGCGGAGAGGCGCCGGGUUUAGUGGGGACAGAGGACAGCCAGCAGGACCACUCACUCACACACACAGACAGACAGACAGAGGACAGCCAGUUAGGCCUGCUUCAGUUCGCUCCAGAAAGGAUUUAAACUAUUGAUUUCCACACAGCGUUGGUAUAGAAGACCAAAUAUGGUAAUGGGUUUCAGAGGCACAAUAACAGAUGCUCCCGACUUCAAUGCCAGCGCUGAUGCUGAGGCUCUUUACAAUGCUAUGAAAGGCAUUGGAAGUGAUAAAGAGGCCAUCUUGGAUCUGGUCACCUCCAGAAGCAAUGCACAGCGGCAGGAGAUCAUCACAGCUUACAAAUCCAGUUUUGGAAAGGACCUGAUUGAUGAUCUGAAGUAUGAGCUGACGGGCAAAUUUGAGCGUCUCAUUGUCAGUCUGAUGAGAACUCCAGCCUACCAUGACGCCAAAGAAAUUCACGAUGCUAUCAAAGGAGCUGGAACGAAUGAGAGAUGCCUGAUUGAAGUCUUGGCAUCUAGAAACAACCAGCAGACACAUGAGAUGGUGGCAGCAUACAAAGAUGCAUAUGGCAGUGACAUAGAGGAGGACGUAGUUGGGGACACUUCAGGACACUUUAAGAAGAUGCUGGUUGUUUUACUUCAGGGGACCAGAGAUGAGUCAGGAGUGGUGGACGCAGACCUGGUGGAGCAGGAUGCACAAGACCUGUUUGCAGCUGGGGAGGAGCAGUGGGGGACUGAUGAGGCCAAAUUCAUCAUGAUAUUGGGAAGCCGAAGUGUGACCCAUCUCCGGAUGGUUUUUGAUGCAUAUGAGAAGAUUGCAGAGAAGUCCAUCGAGGACAGCAUAAAGAGUGAACUGUCAGGAGACUUUGAGAGGCUGAUGCUGGCUGUUGUCCAGUGCAUAAGAAGUGUUCCCAUGUUCUUUGCCAAGCGCCUUUACAAGUCAAUGAAGGGUCUUGGCACAGCUGACAACACACUGAUCAGGAUCAUGAUCUCUCGCUCUGAGAUAGACAUGUUGGACAUUCGAGAGUGCUUCCGUCUCAGAUAUGAAAAAUCACUCUAUAACAUGAUUAAGGAUGACACCUCAGGGGAUUACAAGAGGACUCUGCUGAAUCUGUGUGGUGGAGAUGAUGACUUAGCUGGAGAGUUCUUCCCUGAAGCUGCUCAGAUAGCCUACAAGAUGUGGGAAUUAAGUGCCAUGACCAAAGUCCAGCUAAGGCCAACCAUCCGCCCUGCAUCCAAUUUUGACCCCGCUGCUGAUGCACAAGCUCUGAGGAAAGCAAUGAAAGGAUUUGGAACAGAUGAAGAUGCCAUCAUUGAAAUUGUUACAAAGAGAAGUAAUGCCCAGAGGCAGGAGAUCAGACAGUCCUUCAAAUCCCUACUGGGAAGGGAUCUGAUGAAGGACUUGAAGUCUGAGCUGUCAAAGAACUUAGAGAGACUGAUCAUCGGGCUCAUGCUGACCCCAGCCGAGUUUGAUGCUAAAAUGAUGCAGAAAGCAAUGGAGGGUGCCGGGACAGACGAACAUGCUCUGAUUGAAAUCCUGGUUACCAGGAGCAAUGAGGAGAUCCUUGCCAUGAACGCUGCCUACCAGGAUGCCUAUAAGAAGUCUUUGGAGGACGCCAUUCAGUCAGACACAUCGGGCCACUUCUGCCGCAUCCUUGUAUCUCUGGUGCAGGGUGCAAGAGAGGAGGGCCCAGCAGAUGUGGAAAGAGCUAAUGCUGAUGCUCAGGAACUUGCAGAUGCAUGCAAUGCUGACUCUGAUGACAUGGAGAUGAAGUUCAUGAGUAUUCUGUGCACCAGGAGCUUCCCUCACCUCAGGAGGGUAUUCCAGGAAUUUGUCAGGUGUACCAAUAAGGACAUUGAACAGAUUAUCAAGAAGGAGAUGUCAGGAGAUGUGAAAAAUUCCUUCUAUGCAAUUGUUCGCAGUGUAAAGAACCAGCCCUCAUAUUUUGCCGACCGUUUGUACAAAGCCAUGAAGGGCCUUGGCACAGAUGACAGAGCGCUGAUCCGCAUCAUGGUUUCCCGUAGUGAGAUUGACCUUUUUAAUAUUCGCAAAGAGUUCAAAGAAACACAUGACGCCUCCCUGCAUGAAUUCAUCCAGGUAGAAACCAUGGUUGGCGACACCUCAGGAGAUUACCGCAAAACACUGCUAGAGAUCUGCGGUGGAGAAGAUUAAAGCUGUCAGAGGUCUGAAGCUUCGCACACACACUUCAGUGACAAACCACGAGACAAAAGUGCAUUAGCGCCUACAAAACGGUGCUGCGGCAGUUACUGUCACUAUCAGUCGUGAACGUCCCAAACUGCUGCCACCCCGCUGCCAAACCAAACCACCUAUGACCUCCUCGCCUUCCAAGCAAAUUCUUUCCUGUCACGUCUGUGUCUUCCUGUCAGUCACAAUAUAUUUUUCUUUCUUUCUUUCCUCCUUUUUUUGUACAGAGUCCUGUGUAGUAUUGGAAAUGUUCAGUUUCAGUGUAGGAAAAUGCUUGAUCACAUGUCUAACAUGCCGGACACUUGAGGAAUGCUUUGAGAUCGUAGUCCGUCCAAUGAUUACUGUGAUUUUGAGGUAUUGUGAAUACCUGAAUUAAGUG